AUGGCGCAAAAAUCAAAGAAGAUCAAGAACAAGCCGAGGCCUCCGCCGGCUCCGGGCUCCCACCGCGAGGAUCCCCUUCAACCCGAUGCCGCUGUAGAGGACCCUGUUGACCAGGAAGGCUCUGCGCAUGAGGAUUCUCCGGCAGCAAAUGGGCAGCAAGUUGUCCCCUCUGAAAAGGAGGAUGACCCGUCCGGACACGAGAAUCCCGUGCCUUCAAAGCAGCUGCCUACCCCUGAUCAACAAGAUUCAGCAAUUGGGCAGCCGGAUCCUUCAGCAGAGAAAUCCGACCGAGCAGCCGAGCAGCAGAAUCUGUCUGGGCAGGAUAGUUCAUCAGAGAAACCCCCCGCUAAUUCUCCUCCGCCACCUAGUGCUACCAAGGACUUCCGUCCCCCUGGCAGCCGCCAAGAUGCCCCCGCCGUCGGCGAUGCGACCGACAAGGUUGGCGAGCUCGCUGGACCUGUCGUCGGUGACAUGAAGAUGCCCGGCAACCCUCUGUCGUCGGAGGAAGACAAGAGCAGCUUGAAGAUCAAGAUCCACCUCAAUCUCCACGCCAAGGUCCGCCUCGACCUCGAUGCCCAGAUCUAUGGUGACAUUGUUAUUGGAUUGCUUUGA